AUGGGAGUACCAGGUUUGCCGGGUCCUCAAGGACCACCAGGUCCAGCUGGAAAAGACGCUGACUGUAGUCAAUGUCCAAUCAAUGAAGCAUACCUCGUACAAAAAUCCCUCCAAUGCCCAACAGUGGAGGAGAUGAAAUGCACAGAAAGGACGUCAACGGAAAACAUCAUGAUUCUCAACAACACUGAUGUGGAGACAUGUCUAAAAAUUUGCCUCGGCAAUGUGACUGAAGAAUUUGAACAAGAGAUAAUCGAAACGUCUACAGAAUCGGCCUACAUAGAAGGAGCAGUAGCACACUGUAAAUUACAAUCGGUCGGCAGGCCAGUGUUUCACUCACAUGCCACCACCUACUAUGGAAGUUGGAUGCGUGAUGCUUACCCGAGAACUGGUGACGAUAUGAUGAAACGCUACUUGAUGAAUCAUUUUCAAGGCAUCGAAAUUGUUGAAUAUCGUACAGAAGCCGAUCUUCGCCGUGAACAUAUAAAUAAUGUAUACCGACUACCCUAUGUGUUCGACGGCACAAAUCAUUUGAUAUUCAACGGUUCUCUGUUUUUUCAUCGGGCCGGUUUUCCACGAAUUGGAAAAUUUGAACUCAGUAGUGGUCACUACGAUGAGAUCGAAAUGCUAGGUGCAGCGCAUCAUGGGAACAAUUAUUUGUUCAACAACUCAAUGAACUAUUUCGACUUGGCGAUCGAUGAGAACGCGUUGUGGAUCAUGUUUCAUUACGAGAACGAGGAUUUCCUCAGUGUGGCAAAGGUCGACAUCAAUAAUUUGACAAUUUAUGAGAUGUUUAAUCUCACUCUCAUAAAUCAUACUGAGAUCGCGAAUGGAAUUGUAAUCUGUGGCAUGUUGUACACGAUCGAUGACGCUCACCGUCAGCGAACGUAUAUCUCAACCGGAUACGACUUCUAUCGACUACAGUACUCCAAGCCCAAUAUCAGAUGGAUAAACCUCUACGAGAAUGCGAACAUGAUUUCGUAUAAUCCGUAUGAUAAGCGAAUUUAUGUCUACGAUCAUGGCUAUCUUCUUACGGUACCGGCUUAUAUACAGUGGCUUUCAAAAUGA